AUGGCCCUUGACAUGUUGUUGCCUUACUUUGGGGUCUCCGCAAAGAACGUAACGAGCAGAGUCAAGACUCGUGAAGAGGUCAUUUCCAGACUGGGGCCAGCUUCAGUCGAGACUUCGAUAGCUACAUUAGCCCCAGAGCAAGGCCACCCCUUGCCCAGAGUUCCUUCCUUUGCCUGCUUCUUCACCACUGUAAAGCCGGACCUAGGUCCGUCUGACAUGAGCUGUCGUGGGGCCAUUCAACAUUGGUCGAUGAAUCCUCCUCAUCGACCGGAAUGGCGGCCUUAUGCGCUGGCUUUGCUGUACCUUGCGCAACCAUCGCUCGACGAAUCCUUCCAUCUUGGUCUGUUUUCCCCCAUUUCUCGUCUACACCCUCUCUUCUCUCCACCCAAGAAGACUCGCACUCGUUCGUCGAACCAGCGUCUGGCCCGGACACUAAUGGAGCACACCCGCUCCCCUCGAAAUCACAAUCGAGCCAUCGCGAUGCUGUCCGCCGUCGAAAAUAGCAACAAGGUAAUUCUGGAGCCUAGAAUCGGUCAUUCCCCUCAAUGCCCGGACGAUGUGCGGUGGUUGGUCCGUGAGGGCCAUAGGAUCGGCCUCCCUGCGCAGGUCACCGCCUCGUUACCAUGA